AUUCAGUUCACGGUUUAAUCACAAUGAUCGCAAUAUACAUUUUACCAUUUCUCCUUGGUACUUUAUGUCAUGGAGUGUGCGCAAAUGAAUCGAAUUCACCGAGAGCCGUUCAAUUUGUGAGCCCUGUUAAUCAUACAUUUCAAUUGGAAUUGAAUGAAUUAAAAUCAAUUUUGGAAAAUGAAAAUAUUAAAAAUCAUCACGUUGUUGUUGUGUCCGUUGCUGGUGCAUUUCGUCAAGGAAAAAGUUUUUUGCUCAAUUUUUUCAUCAAAUAUUUGGACGCUCAGUAUAAAAAACACGAUGUAACCGAUUUUCUGGGAGAAAAUGACAUCAACACCCGAUUAAAUGGGUUCAAAUAUCGCAGCGGUAGAAAACCAGAAACAAUUGGAAUUUGGAUUUGGUCUGAGGUUUUUACGCAUGAAUAUUCAAAUGGCGAAAAGGUGGCGAUCAUUUUAAUCGAUACACAAGGAAUUUUUGAUAGCAAAAGCAGCAUACAUGAUUGUACAGUUAUUUUUGCGUUGAGUACGCUUCUAUCAUCGGUUCAAUGUUACAAUUUAAUGCAAAACAUUAAAGAAGAUGAUUUACAAUAUUUGGACCUGUUUUCACAGUAUGGCCGUCUUUUGGUGGAACAAAAUACAAAUGAAAAACCAUUCCAAAAGCUAAUCUUCAUCAUACGAGACUGGCCAUACGCUUUUGAAACGAAUUAUGGAUGGGAUGAUCAUAAGGUCAUUGUCAACGAAACUCUUAAUCCAGAUGAAGACCAAACACAAGAUAUGCAUCAAUUAAGAUCGCGCAUUCGAAGUAGUUUUGAAGAAAUCAACGCCUUUUUAAUGCCACAUCCUGGAUUGAUUGUUGCACAAGGAUCCGGUUUUACGGGUAGUUUAGAACAGAUUUCAGCCGAUUUCAAGCAGUACGUGAAAUUAUUGGUGGCCGGUAUUUUUGCGCCUGAAAAGUUGCAAGUGAAAAAGAUCAACGGACAAAUAUUGAGAGCACGAGAUUUGAUACAAUAUUUACAAGCAUACACGAAUGUGUUUAAUGGUGACACAUUACCCGCACCAACGACCGUUUUUAGGGCUACAGCAGAAACAAGCAAUCAAAUUCUGUACACAGACUGUUUGAAUAACUAUAUGGACGCCGUGCAGAAAUCAAUUAUCGAAGUUAAAUUAUAUUUUAGUGAAAGUGAAUUCUUUCAAAUCCAUUCCACCGCAAAGAAUACAGCUAUUUCACAGUUUUUGAGUAAACCAAAACUUGGUGGCCAGGAAUUUGCGACUUCUUUCCGAAAUAAACUUGAAAAUUCCAUAGAAGAGAAAUUCAUUUCAUUUAAAUCCGAAAAUGAACGAAAACGACUCGAUUUUAUUCAAAAAGCAAAUUUGUAUAAUGAUAAAGUUGGUCGUGAAGCAUUUAACUCAGCCAAGCAAAAGGCGCAUAACGAGAUUCUUGCAUCAAAUUUGGAGAAUUUUAAUUUACACAAUGUCUGUUCAACAGUAAAAUGGGCUGCUUUGGCGGAGUUUGAUGAAAAGAAAUUGGGAAAUGCAGACAUCGCUGUCAGUUUUCGUGAAAAACUGUUGCGAGACUUGGAAAACUUCGAAUCGGACCUAUUUAAAACGCUCGAAGCGUUCAAACAGAGUCAAAAUCACUAUAGCAGUUCAAUGCAACGAUCUCUUGACCAAGUCGAAUACCUCGAACACGGUAAUCUUUGGCAACAACAUCAACGGGUGAAGAAUGAAGCCAAUGCACAGUUUCUGGGAAAAUCAAUCGAUGGCGAAAUUAAGGUUACGAUUCAGCAAAAACUUGAUAAAUUCAUCGAAGAAAAGUUUCCCUCAUUUGACGAACAGAAUAAAACAAAGCGUCGAAAUUUUAUGAAAGUUGAGACUGAACUGGUUAGAGCUGAAGUAGUUGCUUUUCGCUGGCCCGUGGCGGUUGCACGUUGUCCCAGUGGUUCAAGACUAGUUGGUGGCGGGGGAAAUUGCAGAAGUAUUACACCCGUGGGUUGGGUAUUUGUAGCCGGAAAUUUUCCAGCAAAUGACUACGAAUGGAUUGUACGGUGCGAUACUCCAGAGAGGCAAAAUGUCAUGGGCGAAAGCUGGGCUAUUUGUGUGAAAAAUGAACGUUUUUAAAAAUAGAAUAAAUUUGAUGGAAUAAGAA